GUAAAUGAUCUAAAUUAUAACUUGACAUAUGCACAAAAACCAACCUUAUAUCGUCAACCAAGUCAAAACACCCACAGUACCCAUUCUAAUACCACGCCUACAGAACCCCAAACUCCCACAAAAGAAAACCCAAGAAACAAUGCCCUACCAAAUCGCCUCGCAUCCGACCCUCUCCCCGCCGCGCGCCGCGGCGAUGCUCUCCUUCCUCGAAUCCUUCUACCGCACCAGCGACACCGAAUCCGCCCACGACCAAUACGUCCGGAGCUUCACGGACGAUGCCACGCUGAUCAUGGGGCCGAAGACGGCGAACGGACGAGAUGAGAUCCGCACCCUCCGCCACGGCCUCUGGACGCACGUCGCGGCCCGCCAACACACCCCGGAGCGGGUGUAUUUCGGCGGGGAGGGCGAGCUCAUGCUCUACGGGACGGUCAAGUACGUGCUGCGGAGUGAUCCGGGGAAUGAGGUCGAGGUGCCCUGGGCGGGGCGUGUGGUGUUUGAUGAUGAUGAGACAGAAGAAUUGAGGAUGCGGUUUUAUCAGGUUUAUCUGGAUCCUAGUGCGCAGUCGGGGAGGAAGUAGAGGGAUUGUACUGUACUGGAUCUUGUUGGAUUGG